AUGGUUUGGGCCGGGGUGACCGCUGAUGGAAAAACACCUCUUGUUUUUGUGCAGCCAGGUGUGAAAAUUGAUCAAAAUUACUACGAAAAAGAAAUUUUGAUGAGGCAUAUGAAGCCUUGGGCUGAUAAUCACUUUUCUGGAGCACCUUGGAUCUUUCAACAAGAUUCUGCACCAGCACAUCGUGCAAAAAAGACCAUGGAGUGGUUUGCCAAGCAAAACGCAAAGGUCUCAUCAGCUCCACAUGCUAAUUUGGAUGAUCUGAAAGCCACCCUUAUCAAGGAAUGGGCAAAAAUCCCCGUUGAGACUCUCCGUGCCGCGGUCGACGAUAUGCCGAAGCGACUUAGGGCUUGCAUGAAGGAAAAAGGAGGAAACUUUGAGAUU